AUGGGGACAUCUGGAACUGAUGCAGUCGAAUUCUCAGGGGAAGUGGAGGAAGAAGAGGAGGAAUACUAUGAAUUUGAGCAUCUACCUCCACUCCUUGAAGAUGAGGUGAGAGUGAAUAUUUAUGUUUACAUAAUUAUCAUCAUAAAUAUGAUUGUUCUCUCAUUGGCAUGUAUGAACUAAGCCAGAAUAAUGUAGGCUACCAACAAUAUUGUGUACUGAGGGUCCCCAAGGGACUGGUUUUAUUGGCUGUGACAUAUAUGCACCUGGGCUAUGUUACUUGUGCAGUCCCAAUAGAUAGGCUAACCUAUAUGCUCUUGACCGAGUGAUUGAAUGAUUGAAGAAGACAUGUUGUUUUAUAAGGUCUAAUUGAAUCAACAACAUGCUCUCUGUCUCAGGACACCAAGAUCAGAUUGAUGUCUGUGAUCUUUCCUUAUAACUCUCAUGGUGAUCAAGGACCAUAAUUAUACUGUGGGACAUAGGUAAUGACCCCUGCUGUGUCCCCUCUUGGCUUUAUGUUGAUAAUCUGGACAUUCAUUAGACAUUAAAAUACUACCCUGUCCUGUUUUCAUCUCCCAGUUUGAGUUUUAAAGUAACUGCCCAGUGAAAAUCUAACUUUUAAAAGUUAAUAUUCUGUUAACUCAUAUCCAAAUAAUGUUGUUGACUCAUCCUAUGCUCGUAUUUGUGGCCAAAGCAUAAAAAACCCACCUCUAACUUGUAUCUCAAACAGACCGUUUAAAAAAUGCUUGCUAUUUCCUCAUAGAACAUGAUGUCAUCUCCCUGAGGAGAAUGAGCUGGCCAAUCAGCGGUCUAGAGGAGGAUGAGCUGGCCAAUCAGCAGUCUACUUGCACAAAUAUUUUUAAUGACCAAAAUAUGUCCACACCAUUCUGUUGUUGGGGUACGCCCACACCAUUCCAACACAGAAAAGCUGCUUUUUAACAUACUUAAUUAGCAUUUUUUUAAAGGAAAACAAUUUCACUCAUAUUGUAAGUAAUUAUAGUUCCAAUGUUAAACAAUGUACAGUGGGCAAUAUGAUUCAGUGCAGUACAGUUAUUCACAGUUAUUCACUCUGGAAGUUUUGAGCUGCAGGGGCCUUUGCAAGUGUGGGGACUCCGGAGAGACACUGCAGGGUAAUCUUGAGUGGAGGGCGGUAUCUGUGGGGUCAGCCUGCCAGAUGCAUUCAGCUGUAGCCUACACACAAGGGAACAAGUGUAAACGUAAUCACAUUUGACCUUUGAAUACUAUGGGAUUAAUUCAACCACUAACAACUCACCAUGAUGUCCCUCGAUUACUUAGUCACCCACUUAGUAGCCCAACCAGAAAAUAAUCACUCACUACUUCACUCUUCUUUUCUGUCCCUCUUAUUCUCGCUCCUUCUCUAAACCUUUGAGGAGUUCCACCAGUGCAGAUUUGGUCUCAUUUAGAGCUCUUGGAGUGAGAGGGAAAGUUAUGUAGGCCUGCACAUUUAACAUGAGGAGAGAGGGAGAGAUUCAAUGUUUCUCUGCACUGUUCUCAAGGGAAACAGUCUAUUUAUGGGCUUAUGCUGUUGCUUAAAGUGACAGUUUUCUGCCCUAUUAUUUUGCCAUAUUCUACAGCAUUGUAGGUGCGCUUUAUUCACCUUCCGCAACAAAUAUUUGGUAAUGAACAGACAACCAUCUUUUAGAUCUCUCUCAGAUCAAUUGAAGAGGUACUUUAAAGAGGAAUAUUCUGUCUUCACCCCAGUUCCAUCUUUUUAAAUGUUAGAAAAAAGGGUUUAAAAAAAAGGGUUAUUCGGCUGUCCCAUAGGAUAACCCUUUUUGGUUCCAGGUAGAACCCUUUUGGGUUCCAUGUAAAACACACUGUGGAAAGGGUUCUACAUGGAACCCAAAAGGGUUCUACCUGGAACCAAAAAAGUUCUACCUGAAACAAAAAAUGGUUAUUCAAAGGGUUCUUCUAUGGGGACAGCUGAAUAACCCUUUUAGGUUCUAGAUAGCACUUUUUUUUUUUUUUUUACAACAACUGAAUGCCCAUGUCCCAUGAGACUUUUGUGAAAAGACAGUGGUCUGUUACACUGUUCAGUCACAUGCAUGUAAUGGAAAUGCAGAGUAUUGGACACCUCAUCACAAUGGAGUCUCUCUAUCUCAGUGCCAUCAAAGACUGGCUUUUGUGCUCUUGUGCAAAGCCAACAAAAUAUCCUGUUUUCUUCACACACAAAUCCGGCACUGAAAAUGUCUAACAUGCCAUGAGAUGUUUCAUAUUCAUUGAUGCAAUAAGGCUUCUUCAUAAGACAAAAUGUGCCCACUUGGCUUUGCACAGUUUGCAGCAUGACAUACGAGGGUGUGGGUGUAAGUGUGUGUAUUGCUGCAUGACACAUACCGUAUUAAUUGUGCGUGUGUGUGCAUGUGUGUUACUGUUGUGUGUGUGUGCAUAUGUCUCUGUGUGUGUGCAUGCGUGCGUGCCUGCGUGCGUGUGUCCACAGGAGAAUGUGUCCCUGGCAGAUAUCCUGUUGUUGCGGGACACCUGUCUGAUGGAGCAGGAGGUGUGGGCGGUGUGUGUGGAGUGUGUCUUGGCCCUGCAGAGUAUCGCCCCAUCGUCCCUCUUCCACACCCUGUGCAUCACACCCGACACCCUGGCCUUCAACGCCCAUGGCAAUGUGUGCUUUAUGGAGCAGCUCAGUGGUGAGUCAACACAGCCCAACACAGCCCUCUCUACCUCAGUGAUGAUCCAGUCUCCCUGUCCAUUCAGGGUCAUGUUCAUUAGGGCACACAAAAACGCUUAAAACAGUUUUGCAACAAGAAACAAAAAAUAGUUAUCGUUUUUUGCAAGUAGUCUAAGUAGUCCCUUCCUGUUUCAGUUCAUUUUCUUCCAUUUUGUGCAUAUUGAACACAACCUAGGUCUAUCAGUUAUUCAUUGGAUUCUAUGGUGUUUCGUCUCAUACAGUUAAUCUGUUAGUCAGUGCUGUCUGCUAUUGUAAAAGACUGAGGCAGCACUCUCUCCACUGAUCAAUCGGUCUGAUCUGAUCCACCAUGGUAUCCUGAGGUCACAGUUCAAUCUGUCCUCCCUAUGGGAAGUCAAAGGGUCAUUAAGAUCAGGGUCCGUAUUCAGGUCCCCCCUUCUAUUUAUUAUGACUUAAAAGGUCAAACUGAUCUUAGAUCAGCACUCCUACUCUGAGACGCUUAAUGAAUAGGGCCUCAGAUUCUCCUCCCCCAUGAAAAGUUUGUUUACAAACCCCAUCAUAUUCUCUUUUGGUCAGCAGUAUAUGUUUCAAACUAGAAAGUUCCACCUGUUCCCAAAAUAAUUAAAAUGCAAAACGGCUGCAUUUGCAAAAGAAGGAUGUCUCUUAAUUAAAAGAUGUUGAGCCUUUGUGUGAUUACAUCUGUGUGAUGUGAUUUUGCAGUCGUCUGCAGCUCCUCGUCUCAUUUGGAUGGAGAGGGUUGGUGAAACAGUUAGAUCCUUCAUGUUCAGGAUACUAUGCCUCUGUCUCACCUUGUCCCUCAGACUUACUGAGAAAUACUCUCUGCCUACAGACUAGCUUCUCCUCCUCUCAGGGAACCGCAAUCAUCUGUCUUUUACCAAACAAGGUUACGUCAACGCCUGUCACACUCACCCCUGUUGUCCCUUCCACACAAACGUACACAGGCAGGCAGGCACGCAAGCACACACACAUGUAUGCAUAGAUGCACAGACAUACAUGCACACCGGACGCUCACACACAUACACACGCACACACAUAACCAUUAAAGGAUAGCCUUCCAUUUUCUUUCUGGCAACAUCAGUAAUUGAUAAGCAUUGACGAGAUCAACAGUGUCUGCGUUGCCAAGGGGAUUGUUGCCCUGGUAACCGAUAUUCUGGCGGUCAGCUGGCUAUCAGUGCCUUUUACUCACCCUGGAUUCACAUUAUAAUCUAUUGCUGAUCACUAAUUGUGUUAAUUUGUUUAAGACACAAUAGGAUGUCGCUUGUUGUGCACAUGUUGGAAUACUAACCAGCACUUAUACCCCAAUACCACUUUUCUCCCCUGCAUUGAUUAGGUUUAAUUUAGCUGUUUAUUGAAUACUGUUGCGUGUGGGACAUCAUCACGUGUCCCCUUAGGAAUUGAGCAUUCAGAGUGACCUUAAGUGAUCAAUUAAUGAUCAGUAUGCAGCAAUGUUAUUACUCCAUGGGGCAGUAUCCAUUCAUUGGUAGAAAAUGGCAUUACACAUUGUCAUACAUUUUAAUAUAAGCUCUCUCCAGGCCCAUCUGAGAGAAUAUGAGAGCCUUAAUGUAGGUUGUUUUUCUCAAUCAUAGUGUUAGCAGUGAGCACAUUCCUUUACUCAUUGAGUUCACUGUAGUCUCCUUCCUACAGUAUGUAUGUGUUUGCCUCUCUUGUUAUAUCAUAGAGCCAGCUAACUUAUGAUCUGGCCUUAGCCUAUAGCUGUUGAACCUCCUGGAAUAGAGUAAUGUGCUGUAUUCAGAAUGAGUGAAUUUGCAAUUGCCAUUAUUCAAUAAAACAUUUUGUAUAACCAAAUAAUUAACAGCACUUUAUACAGGUUUUUCCCUCUUUUCUGAUGGAUUGCUUGUUUUGCAGUGGUACAAUCCACUCAUAUUUCCAUUGCUUUCCUUCCUCUCUCUUACCAUCUCCCUUUCUCAUCCUUUUCCCCGCUUUCUUUCUCUCCACAAUUCCCUCCUGACCUCUCCUCUCUUCUCCUCCCUCUGUCUUUGUCUCUACCCAGUAGUGCUCACUUCUCCUUGGCCGUUCAUUCUAACCUUCUGUAGUGUCUCUGGUGUGGCCUCCACCUGGGUUGGGAGCACCUCAGUCAUAACUCCAGUAGUCAGAGACGGCACUGUGAUGAUUGGCCUAUGUCCUCCAUCACAUAGUCUAAAGUCUUGCCUGAUCAUGUACUGUAUACACACAAUGAUAGAAAACAAGUUAUUAUGAGAAGUACAUUUAUUUAUUGUAAUAAUGUGGGGUAGUCAUGUAAUCCGAUGUCUUGAUUGUUGAUCACCUGUGAAAGGAAAGGAACAUGUUUAAAGUUCAAAUCAAAUCAAAUCAAAUUGUAUUUGUCACAUACACGUGUUUAGCAGAUGUUAUUGCGGGUGUAGCGAAAUACUUAUGCUAUUAGCUCCGACAGUGCAGUAAUAUCUAACAAUUAAUAUCUAACAAUUUCACAACAUAUACCCAAUACACACAAAUCUGGAAUGGAAUUAAGAAUAUAUACAUAUAUGGACAAGCAAUGACAGAGCAAUAUGGACUAAGAUACAGUAGAAUAUUAUAGAAUACAGUAUAUACAUAUGAGAUAAGUAAUGCAAGAUAUGUAAACAUUAUUAAAGUGGCCAGUGAUUUCAAUAGGCAGCAGCAGCCUCUAAUGUGCUAGUGAUGGCUAUUUAACAAUCUGAUGGCCUUGAGAUAGAAGCUGUUUUUCAUUCUCUCGGUGCCAGCUUUGAUGCACCUGUACUGACCUCGCUUUCUGGAUGAUAGCGGGGUAAACAGGCAGUGGCUCGGGUGGUUGAACGCAGACAAAUGGUUCGGCGCUGAAAGCUUUUGCUGUGCGUCUCCAGUGAAUAUAGCCUAACUCUUUCUGUUCAUGCAAUUGAUGAGCAAACGUUACUACUACAUUGUGAUAAUGUGUAACAAUUAAAAUGUGAAGGUAGCUUGUCAGAAAUGUAAAUGAUUACCUUGUAUUACUUGUUUAUUACAGAAGGAUAUCUGGCCAUUCAAGAGUGCAUAGUUUAUUCAGGAGAAUGGGUAAUGCAGAAGUUGCUAAUUCCAGGGGGGAAAAACAUGUUUGAAGCCCUAUGUUCUAUUUAUGCAUUAAACAUGGUUUAGCACUUUGAUUGAAUUGUGUGCUUAUUAUAUGUAUGAUCUGAACAUGUGUAUUGUAUUUCAUUCCUUUUGAAUGAUAAUUGAUGAUGAUGUGAAAUGACGUCUUGUUCUCAUUGGUCAGAGGCAUGAGGGAUGUAGCUCAGUUGGUAGAGCAUGGCGUUUGCAAUGCCAGGGUUGUGGGUUCGAUUCCCACGGGGGGCCAGUAUAAAAAAUUAAUAAAAAAAAAUAGAUAAUGUAAGUCGCUCUGGAUAAGAGCGUCUGCUAAAUGACUAAAAAUGUAAAAUGUAAUGGGUAGUCCUAUUUAAACCCUGUCCUUUCAUUGUUUGAGAGAGAGAGACAGGGUAAGGUCGGCAUGCUGCCGUUUACAGGCGUUAUUGAGCCUGGGUUUUCUUUGAUAUACUGAUUCAGUUCAAUUUGGCUUUGAUCAACAACCGGUUUGUUAUUUUUGUUUGUAAAUACUUGUACAGUCUCGUCGGCUAUACUAAGUCUUAUUCUCACUUUGCUAAUAAAAAGUCUCACUCUGGGCAAGAACCAGAUCUGCAUUGUUGCCUCCUCACUGUUAAAAUCCAACCGCAUGGUCAACUUCACAAGCUCCAAAUCUAGACCUGAACUACUAAACUGUCUCUAACUGUGGGAAGAGGAGGCUGAUGGUGGGCGGCAUUAUCCCUGCUUUCAACCCAGCACAAACAAUGUGUCACGAUCGCUUACAGACGGGACGGACCAAGGCGCAGCGUGAUAUGCGUACAUGUUUAUUAAAUAUCAAACACAACGUCCAAGGCAGCACAACACAACAUACCUUAACACGGAACAAGAUCCCACAACCCACUAGUGCCAAUAGGCUGCCUAAGUAUGGUCCCCAAUCAGAGACAACGAGCGACAGCUGCCUCUGAUUGGGAACCACACAGGCCAACAUAGAUCUAUCCAUACUAGACUGUACAACAUGUACAAACACAGCAAGGAAAAUACACACCCUGACUCAACAUACAAGCGUCCUCUGAGGCGUGACACAAUGGCAUACUUAAGACUGAAAAUGCUCUGUAUCGUGACACCAAGGCUCUGAUCAGGAGAUAGUUGCAGUCUCAUUAGUCUGGGUUUGUUUCUGAGCUAAUGAAUAAUAUACACUGAGUAUACCAAACAUUAGGAACACCUUCCUAAUAUUGGGUUGUGACGAAAUAGUUUGACAGGGAUGCUGGCCCAUGUUGACUCCAAUGCUUCCCACAGUUGUGUCAUGUUGGCUGGAUGGCCUUUGGGUGGUGGACCAUUCUUGAUACACACGGGAAAAUGUUGAGCGUGAAAAACCCAGCAGCGUUGCAGUUGUUGACACAAACCGGUGCGCCUGGCACCUACUACCAUACCCCGUUCAAAGGCACUUAAAUAUUUUGUCUUGCCCAUUCACCCUCUGAAUGGCACACAUACACAAUCCAUGUCUCAAUUGUCUCAAGGUUUAAAAAUCCUUCUUUAACCUGUGUCCUCCCCUUCAUCUAAACAAGUGACAUCAAUAAGGGAUCAUAGCUUUCACCUGGAUUGUCAUGGAAAGAGCAGGUGUUCUUAAUGUUUUGUGGCUUAGCACAUGGUUUUAUAAUUAGCCCCAUAUUGUCAAUUAGGACCGAUACCAACACCACAUGGAAAAACACAUUUAUUACACAUUUAACGUGUUGUAUUGUUGUGUGCUAAUUCUGCUAGACUGAAUUAUGUCGAUGACUGGUUGCAAGUGGUUUCAUUGGCUUAGCACCUUCAUCAUAUUUUUGUGGGACUGUAGGCCUACCAACACCACAUAUAAUAAAACAUUUAUUACACAUGUUAACUAGAUAUACUUUUGUAUGCUUGUCUUGCAGAUGAUCCUGAGGGAUCGUUUAUACCUCCAGAGUUUGACAAGACUGGCAGUACCUUUGAGGUAAGUUAAUUAUUUCAUUAUGAAUGGCUACUUCACAGUCUAUAUUGCCUUAAACUGUAGCAGAUGUUCAAAACAAACAUAGUAGAAAUCAAAGGAAUCUAAAUCCUCUUUAUGUUUAUCAGCAAAUACAGAAGAUAACAAUGUCUCAGUAAGAAAGGAUUUCACUCUCUCAUUACCACUCUCAUGCUGUCUCAUUAACUCAUUACAUUUACGUUUACAUUUGAGUCAUUUAGCAGAAGCUCUUAUCCAGAGCGACUUACAGUUAAUGUAUUCAUCUUAAGAUAGCUAGGUGGGACAACCACAUAUCACAGUCAUAGUAAGUACAUUUUUCCUCAAUAAAGUAGCUAUAAGCAAAGUCAGAGCUAAUAAGGAGGAAAAAUAAAUAAAUAAUUAUCUCUUUCUCUUUCUCUUGUCUCUCGUUCACUUAUUCUCUUUCAGAUCUCCCUCACUCCCUCUCCCUAAUUUCUCCCUCUGCGUUGUCACUCAUUGUAACCAUGUAGCCCUAUACAGUGAGGGAAAAAAGUAUUUGAUCCCCUGCUGAUUUUGUGCGUUUGCCCACUGACAAAGAAAUGAUCAGUCUAUAAUUUUAAUGGUAGGUUUAUUUGAACAGUAAGAGACAGAAUAACAACAUAAAAAUCCAGAAAAAAACGCAUGUCAAAAAUGUUAUAAAUUGAUUUGCAUUUUAAUGAGGGAAAUAAGUAUUUGACCCCCUCUCAAUCAGAAAGAUUUCUGGCUCCCAGGUGUCUUUUAUACAGGUAUCGAGCUGAGAUUAGGAGCACACUCUUAAAGGGAGUGCUCCUAAUCUCAGCUUGUUACCUGUAUAAAAGACACCUGUCCACAGAAGCAAUCAAUCAAUCAGAUUCCAAACUCUCCACCAUGGCCAAGACCAAAGAGCUCUCCAAGGAUGUCAGGGACAAGAUUGUAGACCUACACAAGGCUGGAAUGGGCUACAAGACCAUCGCCAAGCAGCUUGGUGAGAAGGUGACAAGAGUUGGUGCGAUUAUUCGCAAAUGGAAGAAACACAAAAUAACUGUCAAUCUCCCUCGGCCUGGGGCUCCAUGCAAGAUCUCACCUCGUGGAGUUGCAAUGAUCAUGAGAAUGGCGAGGAAUCAGCCCAGAACUACACGGGAGGAUCUUGUCAAUGAUCUCAAGGCAGCUGGGACCAUAGUCACCAAGAAAACAAUUGGUAACACACUACGCUGUGAAGGAUUGAAAUCCUGCAGUGCCCGCAAGGUCCCCCUGCUCAAGAAAGCACAUAUACAGGGCCGUCUGAAGUUUGCCAAUGAACAUCUGAAUGAUUCAGAGGAGAACUGGGUGAAAGUGUUGUGGUCAGAUGAGACCAAAAUGGAGCUCUUUGGCAUCAACUCAACUCGCCGUGUUUGGAGGAGGAGGAAUGCUGCCUAUGACCCCAAGAACACCAUCCCCACCGUCAAACAUGGAGGUGGAAACAUUAUGCUUUGGGGGUGUUUUUCUGCUAAGGGGACAGGACAACAUCACCGCAUCAAAGGGACGAUGGACGGGGCCAUGUACCAUCAAAUCUUGGGUGAGAACCUCCUUCCCUCAGCCAGGGCAUUGAAAAUGGGUCGUGGAUGGGUAUUCCAGCAUGACAAUGACCCAAAACACACGGCCAAGGCAACAAAGGAGUGGCUCAAGAAGAAGCACAUUAAGGUCCUGGAGUGGCCUAGCCAGUCUCCAGACCUUAAUCCCAUAGAAGAUCUGUGGAUGGAGCUGAAGGUUUGAGUUGCCAAACGUCAGCCUCGAAACCUUAAUGACUUGGAGAAGAUAUGCAAAGAGGAGUGGAACAAAAUCCCUCCUGAGAUGUGUGCAAACCUGGUGGCCAACUACAAGAAACGUCUGACCUCUGUGAUUGCCAACAAGGGUUUUGCCACCAAGUAUUAAGUCAUGUUUUGCAGUGUGGUCAAAACUUAUUUCCCUCAUUAAAAUGCAAAUCAAUUCAUAACAUUUUUGACAUGCUUUUUUUCUCGAUUUUUGUUGUUAUUAUUCUGUCUCUCACUGUUCAAAUAAACCUACCAUUAAAACUGAUCAUGUCUUUGUCAGUGGGCAAACGUACAAAAUCAGCAGGGGAUCAAAUACUUUUUUCCCUCACUGUACAUUUAUUUCCUGCCUAGACUACAUUUAUCAGUUGAUCAAUUGCAGGUUGAAUGUGUGUGUCAUUGAGUACUGAAUAAACCAUUGUGUGUCUAUGUUUGUCUAAUUUAUCUGGUCUUCCAAUGUCUUCCAAUGUAUGUGCUCCAAGUGGAGCGGCUGAGGCCAUAGAAAUAUAAUGAAUUCUAGUAAUUAUAUUUCUAUUGCUGGGACCUGCUUGUACACACAACAGGAACUAAACAUGUCCUUACAGCAGCUGGUGGAAUUAACAUGUUGGCUCUGUUUAUGUGAGACAGACAUUUCGACUUAGAGAGGCUUCAGCUAACUAUUUUUGUAAUGUCUCACACUUUGAGAUCUGGAUCUUCCGCCUUUCCCAUAUCCACCACAUAAGUACGGGUCGCAUUCCUUUUAAUUGUUUGGAAUCUUGUACCUUGUCUGAGAUUUGGCCUAAAAAACACCUAAUUCAGAUUCAUUCAGGAGCCAACAAGUAAGCCAUAAUUGCAACAAAGAGCUCCAUUCCCCCAAGUAAAGCACAAGAAAAGGGAACUCUCACGGCAUACAAAGAGACAGGCUCUGGCGAAAUUCCCAUUAAUGCGCUGUAAUUUCAUCUCCACUGACUCCUGGUAUUGCAGCCUAUCAGCCAAUGAGAUGAGAUCCAAGGCAAAUAUAAAGGGAUGAUUAUGUGUUUGUUAGAUAAGGCCCCAGAAUACAUUGCCUGCCAGACAUGAUUAAUCUGAGGGUAGUCAUAUGAGGGAGCAACUUGUCCCUGGCCUUGGCCUGGCCUGCUGCAGCUUUAUUUACUUUUUAAUGGCCUGGUGAAUUACUUCCUCAACCAAAAGCAUGCCAACUAGGCCCAGUUUCCAGCAAGACCCCACAAAGUUGCCCAAAGGACGUGUGCUGCAUAUACUAAUAAAUUGAGGUUACAGUGAUCACGGGUUACGGUAGUGGUUUAUGGCUGUUUGUUUGGUACACGAGGUGCUGACAUGAGAUCAUAAAUGACACAUAUUUUAUGUUUUAAAUCCCAUAUGGUUGAAGGCAAACAUGUCCAAGCAGUGUCAACAUGUCUAAGCAGUGUCUCAUAGAUGUAUUUUAUGAUAAACAAUUGCAUGUGUCUGAUUCUAUGGGUCAGUUUAAGGUCAAUGACGCUCUGUAUCUCGUCCAGGGACACAUGUACUCUCUGGGCUCCACCCUCUCUGCUGCGCUGGACUUUGUCAUUGAGCCAGAACUGGAGGCAGAGCUGGGGGAGGAGAUUCAGAGACUGCUGGAGCAGAUGCAGGAAGAGGGGCCAGAGGACAGGCCACUCCUGCAGGUAAGGUCACCAUCAUGGAUGACCUUUAAUGGAGUGCUGUCUUUACACUCUUAUUAUACAAAUUAUUACAGGUAAUAUGGUGUAAGAAAUAUCAGAAGUGAUUUUCUCUCAGGUAGUAAUGAUAGCACUAUCAAUAGGAGUAGGAGCAGUAGUAGUAUGACUAUUAAUAGGCCUACUAUAGGCCCUUUGGCAAACGGAUACAAGACAUGACAUACUGAUAUGCAACUGUAAUACUGAAGAUGUGCACAGACAGUGAACAUGAGCAGCACCGUGUGGAAGAGCAAUGACCGUGCAAUGCAGAUAGGAAAAAGCAUAAAAAAUUGAUGAUGUCACAGUCAUGCAUGAAACCAGAAUUCUACCCAGGGGAUACAACUUGAAUAUUAAGUUUAUAGCAAUUACAGGAUGUAUUUUCUUUUGGGAAACAAAUGAAUCUGUUUCAACACUGAGUCCUCAACAUUGAAUCAUCAAUAAUGAAAUGGCAGAAACGUAAUAAAGAAAUGUUGCGUCAUACAGUACGUAUGUUUGUGUUAGCUGAUAUAGCUACAGUAUUAUACAGUUGAAGUCGGAAGUUUACAUACACCUUAGCCAAAUACAUUUAAAUUCAGUUUUUCACAAUUCCUGACAUUUAAUCCUAGUAAAGGUUCCCUGUUUUAGGUCAGUUAGGAUCACCACUUUAUUUUAAGAAUGUGAAAUGUCAGAAUAAUAGUAGAGAUAAUGAUUUAUUUCAGCUUUUAUUUCUUUCAUCACAUUCCCAGUGGGUCAGAAGUUUACAUACACUCAAUUAGUAUUUGGUAGCAUUGCCUUUAAAUUGUCUAACUUAGGUCAAACGUUAGGUCAAACGUUUCGGGUAGGCUUCCACAAGCUUCCCACAACAAGUUGGGUGAAUUUUGGCCCAUUCCUCCUGACAGAGCUGGUGUAACUGAGUCAGGUUUGUAGGCCUCCUUGCUUGCACAUGCUUUUUCAGUUCUGCCCACACAUUUUCUAUAGGAUUGAGGUCAGGGCUUUGUGAUGGCCACUCCAAUACCUUGACUUUGUUGUCCUUUAGCCAUUUUGCCACAACUUUGGAAGUAUGCUUGGGGUCAUUGUCCAUUUGGAAGACCCAUUUGCGACCAAGCUUUAACUUCCUGACUGAUGUCUUGAGAUGUUGCUUCAAUAUAUCCACAUCAUUUUCCUUCCUCAUGAUGCCAUCUAUUUUGUGAAGUGCACCAGUCCCUCCUGCAGCAAAGCACCCCCACAGCAUGAUGCUGUCACUUUUUUCGCACCAAAGUACGUUAAUCUCUAGGAGACAGAACUCAUCUCCUUCCUGAGCGGUAUGAAGGUUGCGUGGUCCCAUGGUGUUUAUACUUGCGCACUAUUGUUUGUACAGAUUAUGAAUGUGGUACCUUCAGGCGUUUGGAAAUGGCUCCCAAUGAUGAACCAGACUUGUGGAGGUCUACAAUUUUUUUUCUGAUGUCUUGGCUGAUUUCUUUUGAUUUUCCCUUGAUGUCAAGCAAAGAGGCACUGAGUUUGAAGGUACGCCUUAAAAUACAUCCACAGGUACACCUCCAAUUGACUCAAAUGAAGUCAAUUAGCCUAUCAGAAGCUUCUAAAGCCAUGACAUAAUUUUCUGGAAUUGCCCAAGCUGUUUAAAGGCACAGUCAAUUUAGUGUAUGUGAACUUCUGACCCACUGGAAUUGUGAUACAGUGAAUUAUAAGUGAAAUAAUCUGUCUGUAAACAAUUGUUGGAAAAAUUACUUGUGUCACGCACAAAGUAGAUGUCCUAACCGAAUUGCCAAAACUAUAGUUUGUUAACAAUACAUUUGUGGAGUGGUUGAAAAAUGAGUUUUAAUGACUCCAACCUAAGUGUAUGUAAACUUCCGACUUCAACUGUAUGUAUCUCCCCCUCAGGACAUCCUCUCCCUUGCAGAGGAAAAGCUAGUACAUACCUCUUCCACAGCCCUGUGCCGGAAACUCUCUUCUAUAGGAAGAAGAGUCCUGUCAAUCGAAUCCGUUGCAACAUUUCAAGGUUUGUCUUUAGGCAUGAGAUAUAUUUGUGUAUUUCUGUGUAAACAUAUAUUUCUAUUGUAGUCCACUGUGGCCAUAACCAUACCACCUGUGUAUCCAUCCACCAUCCACAGAUGGGUGGGAUAGCUCUUGGGAGGCUCGAUGGCGGCAGAACAAAUCCAACUGGCAGCUCCACAAAAGCAUCAGCUCUGAGGACAGUAGCUUCAAAGACCAGUGCAUUGUCUCAGAUACCACAGCUGAGAACUCAGACCCCAACGACCCCAACGGACCUCUCCGGCAUCACAUAUGUGGGGUCUGGGACUCCACCCUAUGGGCUGACGGUAUGGGGGAUGUGGAAGAGGAUGGAUGUGUGAUAGAGGAGGACAUGUUUGGUUCGCAGUUGGAUAGCAGAUCUCAGAACAGUUCCCCUGUACGCAGGAGGGAUCAGGAGAGGGCUGGGAGGGUAAGGGGGGUUCUGAAUCGUUCCUGCUCAGUCCCAGACUCCAAUAAUCCCCCCGCACUCCCGCCCACGCCCCACGGGGAUAUCAGUGUCAAUGUAUCGGACCUCACGGAGAUAGGAGCUGAGGAAUGCAUGGGGCACAGGUCUGUUUGGAGGAAGAGAGGGGAUAGAGAGAAAGCCCCUUAUGAGUGCAGUGACUCCAAGCAAUGGGGCUCAGUGAGAGACAAUGAGAUGUCAGAAGGGGACAGACAUUCUCACCUGCCCAUAUGUGGUGGUGAAACAGAUUCAGACGGUCAAAAUGGAACACGUGAUGAUCCCACUUUGUCCCGCCCAGCUCAAGACCCGGAAGUGUCGGUUGACUCUGCUUGCAACGUGACUUUAACCUCAAACCUUCACACUUCAAAUAAUCACAUGACUAAAAGCAUGCUGUGCCUCAAUGAAACAUCUCAAGAUGAGGUGAGUUCAAGUCUAAAUUAGACUAAACUAUUUAAUUGAUCUGCUUUGAGCAUAUACAGCGCAUGUAAAUUUGGAAAAAGUCAAGGGGUCUGAAAAAGUCAAGUAUUUAGACCCCUUGAAUUUUUCCACAUUUUAUUAGGUUACUGCCUUAUUCUAAAAUUGAUACAAUUAUUUUUUCCCCUCAUCAAUCUACACACAAUACCCCAUAACGACAAAGUGAAAAAAGGUUUUUAGACAUUUUUGCAAAUUUAUAAAAAAUUUAAAACAGAAAUACCUUAUUUACAUAAGUAUUCAGACCCUUUGCUAUGAGACUCAAAAUUGAGCUCAGGUGCACCCUGUUUCCAUUGAUCAUCCUUGAGAUGUUUUAAUUAAUUGGACAUGAUUUGGAAAGGCACACACCUGUCUGAAUAAGGUCCCACAGUUGACAAGGCAUGUCAGGGCAAAAACCAAGCCAUGAGGUCGAAGGAAUUGUCCGUAGAGCUCCGAGACUGAAUUGUGGCGAGGCACAGAUCUGGGGAAGGGUAUCAAAACAUUUCUGCAACAUUUAAGGUCCCCAAGAACGCAGUGGCCUCCAUCAUUCUUAAAUGGAAGAAGUUUGUAACCACCAAGACUCUUCCUAGAGCUGGCCGCCCGGCUAAACUGAGCAAUCGGGGGAGAAGGGCCUUGGUCAGGGAUGUGACCAAGAACCCGAUGGUCACUCUGACAGAGCUCCAGAGUUCCUCUGUGGAGAUGGGAGAACCUUCCAGAAGGACAACCAUCUCUGCAGCACUCGACCAAUCAGGCCUUUAUGAUAGAGAAGCCAGACGGAAGCCACUCCUCAGUAAAAGGCACAUGACAGACUGCUUGGAGUUUGCCAAAAGAGGAAACCUGGCACCAUCCCUACGGUGAAGCAUGGUGGUGGCAGCAUCAUGCUGUGGGGAUGUUUUUCAGCGGCAGGGACUGGGAGACUAGUCAGGAUCAACGGAAAGAUGAACGGAGCAAAGUAUAGAGAGAUCCUUGAUGAAAACCUGCUCCAGAGCGCUCAGGACCUCAGACUCGGGCGAAGGUCUUCCAGCAGGACAACGACCCUAAGCACACAGUCAAGACAACGCAGGAGUGGCUUCGGACAAGUCUCUGAAUGUCCUUGAGUGGCCCUGCCAGAGCCCAAACUUGAACCCGAUCUGGAGAGACAUGAAAAUAGCCAUGCAGCGACGAUCCCCAUCCAACCUGACAGAGCUUGAGAGGAUCUACAGAGAAGAAUUGGAGAAACUCCCCAAAUACAUUUACAUUUUAGUCAUUUAGUAGACGCUCUUAUCCAGAGCGACUUACAGUUAGUGAAUACAUACAUGUUUUUAUUUAUAUUUUUUUCAUACUGGCCCCCCGUGGGAAACGAACCCACAUCCCUGCCGGCCAAACCCUCCCCUACGUUGGACGAAGCUGGACCAAUUGUGCACCGCUCAUGGGUCUCCCGGUCGCGGCCGGCUGCGACAGAGCCUGGACUCGAACCAGGAUCUCUAGUGGCACAGCUAGCACUGCGAUGCAGUGCCUUAGACCACUGCGCCACUCUGUGUCCCAAGCUUGUAGCGUCAUACCCAAGAAGGCUCAAGGCUGUAAUCGCUGCCAAAGGUGCUUCAACAAAGUACUGAGUAAAGGGUCUGAAUACUUAUGUAAAUGUAAUAUUUCAGUUGUUUUUUUAAACCUGUUUUUGCUUUGUCAUUAUGGGGUAUUGUGUGUAGAUUGAUGAGGGAAAAAAACGAUUUAAUCAAUUUUAGAAUACGGCUGUAACGUAACAAAAUGUGAAAAAAGUCAAGUGGUCUGAAUACAUUCCGAAUGCACUGUACGUAUAUUUAAAUGCCUUAGUUUCAGAAAAUGCCUUGUUUACAAUUUUUCAGGCUGGUUUCAGAGGCCCAGAUUAAGGCUAUUCCUGGAGUAAAAAGCACUUUCAGUGUUGAUUUUCCGUUGAGCAUGCUUUUUUGUCCAGGACUAGGCUUAAUCUGGGUCCAGGAACCUGGCACUUCUUUUUCUACUGUAGUGUGCUCUUUGGGAGGGAUGGAGAUGUUAACAGUGUUUGUGAUUGAUUGUGACAUAGUGGAUCUCUCUGAGGGAUCUACUCACACAGAGUGGGCAGAGAUUGUCUGUUAAUGAGCUAUGGGCCCUGUGUCAUACCUGCCUCUCCACACUGCAGACGUACUUAGACUACCCAGGUUAGUGACUCAUCUGUCUACCAGCCACUGAUACUGACUCUGCUGUGUGUAAACCAAUUACAUUAUUUACUAAGCAGUAAGCAUCCAAUCCCUCGCCUUUUCUGGUCUCUGUAAACCACUUUGCUGUUGAUGAAAUUAUUAUAAGAAACAUCAAUAUGGCAAUACAUCAUUUAAAACUUUAUUUAGUUUGACAUACAUUUGACACAUGUAUUAACUGUUAUAUAUUAUUAUUAUUAUUAUUAUUAUUAUUAUUAUUAUAUUAUAUUAUUAUUAUUAUAUAUAUAUACCUACUGUUCUUUCUUCUUUCUUCUUUUAUUGUCUUCCUCCCUGAAAGCGUACUUAUGCCUGGACACAAUGUAUGUGGGUUGUCAGGGAGAAGUUCUCUUCUUGAAACCUAAAAACACAGGUAUUGCUCUUUUUGCUUAUCCACAGUAGUCAGCAAUUGUCUCUGUCUGGAAUGAUAAAGUUACUUCAGCACUUUCCAUAUACUCUUUGUCUCUGUUUAUUUACAGCUGUUUUGACUUUAAAUAUUCAACAGUGCUCUUGAGCAAAGUGUCAAUAUGGGGCAAUAUUUAUUUGAAAUGUUGUCGCAUUCAAUAAUUCAACAUGAAUGUUCCUUGUAGGAUCCUGUGAUGCAUUUUAUCUGGCGCCUGAAUUCCAGGAGCAUGGAAUCGUAACUGAAAAGGUUUGCCUCAACUUCUGACUUUCAUCUUUUAAAAUAAAAGUUUUUUUCCAUCAAGUAGAUGAAUACUGAUUAAGUGGGUUUCAUCUGUCUGUCUGUUCUAGGCCUGUGUCUAUGGGGUGGCUGCCAUCCUAUGGGCCACGGCCAAGUUCAAUCUGUCAGCCAAUCAAAAACUGACUAUGCCCAGCAAGUUGAAGAGGCUGCUGCUGGAGAUGGCCAAGAGGACGCCCUUCGAGAGACCCUCCAUUGCCAUAGCUAAAAAGGUAGUGAUAGUUUCAGCUGUCAACCACUCUACUGAAAGCACAUCCAUCUAUUCUUCUUUUGAUCAAUGUGUUAGUAACACUUUACAUAUGUAACAUCUUUUGCAUUUUAAUGGACAGGAAUUUGUAAACGUGAUUGUAUUGAAACUACUAACAAUUCAAUUAUCUCACUAUCCUGGUGAAUGAAAUAAAGUGAAUGAAUGAACAAAUGAGCAAAAUGUCUUUACUGUAAAGUGUGUUGCGAUUUUAAAUGCACUUUAAAUAAAGUUUGAUUUGAUGAACAAAGUAAUUAAUUAAUGUAUAAAUAAGUGAAUGAAUGAAGUAGCUUAGGUGCUGAGGUAACAGAUUUUCAUGUGUUUCAUUAUGUUUCUGCUGUUACAGAGCUGUUGUGAUUAUCUAUCACGCCAAGGAACGAACUCUGAGACAGUGUGGACGAAGCUGAUCAACAGAGUCCACCCGGUACCACUCCAUUGUACCACCCCAGCUAGCACAUAAAGUUCUGAGAACCAUAUGUUUCUUAGAGCUUGGUGAGAGUGUGGUUGUCCUAUGGUUAUUUUGCAUACAACCUUCCCACAACGUUCUGGGAAUGUUGCAGGAUAGUUGCUUGGCUUUGGAACAUUCUCAGCACAUUUAAGGAACUUGACAAAAUAAUGUUAUUUUCUUGGUAUUUCAUUACUUUAACAGAAUGUUUCCUAAAAGUUCAAACCUGGUUAUAUUUCAUUACCAUUUUUUAGUAAUGUUCUAGGAAUGUUCUCCAAAUAGUUCAGAGAACGUUAACAAACAACGUUCUUCUGUGGGAAUUUCAGUACUUCAGCAUAACGUUUCCUACAGGUUUCCUCAUGGUUCUAUUUAAAGUCAUGUUCUCAGAACAUUAAGACAAAUUUCCAUAAAAACCACAUGAAAACAUUACUAACAUUCAAAGCACGUUCUUAGAAUUAAAUGUAUGUAUGAAAACAUAUAUAUUCUGUUCUCAGCAUAAACAAAACUCUCUAUCUUGUUAAAUCUGUUCAGGUGUGUUGUUCCUUUGAAAUGGGGUCUAUUCGAAUAGAUACAAAUUAAGAGCUUUGUAUGAGUAAAAGAAAAAAGGCAUGCUAGCUCCAUCCUGGUGGCGAGGUGGACUAAUUCCAUGGUUAGAGAACAGAAGAUCAUAGGUUCGAAUCUCACUGAUGUCAUGUGAGAUGUGUUUGCAGGAUUAAUGCCAAAGCAAAUUAAUUUAAAUGUGUCCUAUCUGUGCUUGGAGUUCAAAACAGUUAAACUAAGCUAGCAGUGUUAUUAAAAGUCUAAUUGAAACAUUCAGUGAAAGUUUUAAGGAAGUUAUUCAAAAUCCUCCAAAUAACAUUUACAUUUCAUUCCACAACAUAUAGAGAAUGUUCUCAUAACAUUAUUUAAUUACCUUGAAAUAUCCUGUAAUGUUCGUUCUCAGAACCUUAAUAAAACCUCCAAGGAAAACUUUCAGGGAACCAUAGUAAAAUGUUCUCAGAACUUCCCUGCAACCUAAAAAUUCCUAGAACAGGCAAAAUGUUCACUUCCGUUCACAGAACAUUUAAAAAACGUUAUGUUUUACCGGUCAGGAAACGUAUGGCUUUGUUCACAGAACCAAUGGGAAACCAAAAAACGGACGUUCCCACAACUUCCAAGGAACCCAAAGCUAGCUGGGACUGUAGCUACUGUUUGAAAGGGGUAGUGAGACACAUAUUACCCCUUGAAAGUGAAAGGCAGGACACAUUGUUAUUCCAUUCUUGUCUGUCGAGGAUAACUCCCUUCCUUACCUUUCAGCCACUCACAAAGGACAUUGAUGCAGAGGAUCAGAAUGGAUUGGACAGUAGAGGAAGCUCAAGUCAGGAAUCAACACAUAUCAAGAGUGGUACGAUUCAUUAAUCUUUUCAGACAUUAUGCUCAAGCGAUUUUGUUGACCUUACUAUCAGUACAUCUACAUACAGAUUUGUGAUGAAAUGGUAUUGAUGUUGUAACUGGGGUUGUUGUAACUGUGUGUAGGGUUUGUGCCCAUGGCUACUGAGAGCCGAUUGGCUCCUGUACCUGGCCCUGUUCCCCAUAGCUAUCCAAUCAGUGGAUCCCCCCAGCUUCCAGAGGCCUUCACCUCCCCUGCCACACACUUCACCCCCAUCGUCCUGACCAGGGAGGGGGACACUGAGGAAGAAACUCCCCUGUCUGCUUCAGACAUUGAGGGGUAAGCAGUUUGCUUCCUUUCUAUGGAGAUAAGAUACCAGUCAUGGAAUUGUUUCAAGCAGCAUUGAUAUCUUUGCAAGGUGGAUCCGACCAUAGUUUCUUUAUUGAUUAUGGCAGAGAUGUCAUUCCAUUUGUUCACUGAUUUCAAGAAUGCAUUUUUAAUUCUCACAUGUUGUGUUGCAGGACUAUAAGUGAAGUCACAAGAGGCAGUGACAUCCAGCCUAUGCAAGAGGCCAAGGACCCAGAAACCCUCUUACACCUUGAGGACCUACCCCUACCUCAGUCAGAUAGAGACCAACAGGACAACGGAAAUGACAGCCCUGUCAAUCAAAACAACGUGGUCACACGCCACUCCUCCACCACCACCUCUAGCAGCAGGACAUUGGUCAACUCUCCACCUCCCGCCUCCCCCGAACUGACCACCCAGUUGUCUUUGUCUUCCUCUUUCCAAUCGUCAUCCUGCUCUCAUCUGACUGGUGGUGGUGUUUUCAACAACUUCCUCUUGCGUCAUGACCCACUAACAGGGCACCUAACCCUGGUGCCGGUGCAGAUAACAGUCGCUGAGUCUCUCCAUGGACUGGAGCUCAAUCUGUCCCUGACCUCAAGCUCCAGCUACUUCCAGGGUCAACCUACACAUCCAGGGGGCCCUAGAGACCAUCUGACCCCUCGUCAGGGAGCUGAACCCCUGCUGGCUUGCCUUAAUGGCAGCACCUGCAGCAGACCCUUGGACCCCUUAGUGUCCAUGUCCCAACCCCACAAUGGAGAGGAGGAGAGGACAGGAGAAUGUGAGGAUGAACCCCUAUCUGAGUCCCAUGGACCUCCUCAGGGAGACUCCCAUCCUCACCCCUCCCCACUGAUGCACCCUUCCCUACAGGAGGUUAUUGGCCUGCUCAGGGCAGAGUUUGCCUUUGAUGGCUAUCUGGAGAAUGGUGUGGAGGAUCUAGCAAUGGGUAAGUAACAUGGAGAUUAUUAUUCACUCUCUCUAGCAUCACAUGUAGCCUAUGGCCCCAGAUCUGUUUAGGCUGUAUUGCCAACUCCUACAGUUCUUGUCACGCCAGAGAUAGUGGGCUACUAGCACCAGGCUAGUAGCCCACUAUCUCUGUUUUUCCCCCCGGUGGAUUUGGUUCGGUUAAUUGCUUUGUGGAGAGAUACUACAGUUGUGUCAUUAAAUGUAUGAUCACUGGUGUGAACUUGUACGACAAGCUUUCUGUCUACCAAAAACCUGUGUAAUUGAUGUAUCAUCUCAUGUUUAUGUGUUCAAAGGGGAGUAUAUUCUGUCUCUGAAGGACCUACAGUACCAGACGUUCUGCAAUGUUGUGAAAGAGAAGUUCUGUGACCUUUACUGGGAUGAGGACUUAUUGGGAGUGCUACAUUGUGUGGUCAACUACAACCAAUUCUCUCUGUGAGUAUGUCAAUGAUUGCCUGUUUUAUCAAACACAGGUCUUCUCUCAAUAACAGAAGCCUAACAAGAUAAACGGUACAAGUGAAAAAGAAAGUCACACUUUCAUUUAUAUAGACAGAAAGAAUGAGCAACCACUGAUCCUGUUCUUUUGGACAACACUUUAUCUCUAGUAACACUUUAAGCUACACUCUUGGUUAAACAAACAAUAAUGCCAGUGUUAUAAAACUGUCUUUAGCUGGCUGUCAAUGGUAUCAGAAGGAUUUUGCUCUCCUCAAAAGUAUUCUCUGUCAACAAGCUUAUCCAGUCAACAAGCUUAGUUUGUCUCUAUGAGCAGGGGAGAAGCCCAAAAUUGGCAGUGUUUGUGUUUAGAAUUUUAAUUUCUCUCAUGUGAGUCUUCAACAACAAUAAACCAUUUAGAUUCUACAACCCCUCCCCCUUACACACACAUGCAUGCACGCACACACACACACACACACACACACAAACUCAGACACUCCACUCAUAAUCAGCAUUCACAGAAGAUUCACUUCAGACACACAAAGGUCGCUCCUUUUUUUCCAGGAAGAAAGGUCCCUAUGGUAAUAGCUCAUCUCGUGUUUUUUUGUUUAUCUCGAGAAUAUUGGUUUGGCACAAUUGAUGAGCUACUUAUGGUUCUUCCUGCCUUGUCUUUGAGAGAAUCAUAAAGAUCCUGGAGGAGUGUACAUGAAUGAAGGAAAAGGUGAAAUAAGGACUUGCCCCUUUUUGUUCAUACAUCUGCAGACAAAGACGAAGGAGGGGCACAUGAGAGUGUGUUGAGAUGUGCAGCUUGUCCCAUGGUUGCCAUGCUCUUAACACCUGGGGCAGUGUGUUGAGAGAACCUUUCAUAUUCUGUGGUGAUGAGACAGACAGACAUCAUAGCCUUGGACAGACAGACCAACAGACAGACAGAUACUCUCCUCUGAGUGGGGCUUUUAGACUGUAAGCUGGAGAAGCCUGUCACCGCUAGGGUAGCUCAUUGGAGAAGUCCUGAUGCUACUAGAACACUCUGCUUUGGAUACAAACCGUUUUGGACAACUCAACCUCGGCUGUCAGGAAGCUGCUAAGGAGACGCUAAGGAUUGAUUGGUUUGUUUUGAUAGCUAAUUAUUGAUUGGUUUGUUUUGAUUCAUUCAUAUGUGUUGGCCUAAUUAACGAUUUUAAUUAUGCCUGUGAGGAGUGUGCUUGUCUCAACUGUCUGUCUAGAUUUCUCAUAAUAUUAUUAUUUGUCUGAACUUAUAGUAUCUGCUGUGUUUUCAUAUUGACUGAGUUGUUAUUCCCACUAUUUUGUCUGUGUUGUUUAUGUUGUGUCUAAUUACUGUCUGUGAUGUUUCAAUUACUUUUCAGUCUGAGCUCUUUUAGUCUGCGUUCUGUUUUAUUGAAUUAGUGUGUUUUGUCAAAGUUCCCUGUGUUUUGUCUAAGAAAGUUGUCUGUGUUUGUCUGAGUUCUUUGUGCUUUUGUCUGUGUUCAUUAUGUGUCUGUCUAGUUGUCUGUGUGUGGCUGUGAUGCUUGUGGCUAGCUGUGACUGGUUGACUGUUGUGUUAUGAUCUCUGUCUCUCUGUCUUUCUCUCUCUGGCUGUUGAUGUGCCACAUGUAGAGGCUCUAAUGAAGGGUCACCAUCAAAGCCUUGGCAAAGGGCAGCCACCUCACCCAUGAGUGCUGCUGGCUGGAGAGGGGAGGAGAGGGACGCACCGCGGCGUGGUCAUGUCGACCUGAAUGGCAACCUGCACCACCGUGGACCUGUAGCUUCAGACGCGUGGGAGAAAUUUGAGAGAGACCAGAGGCCCCUGUCUACACACAGAGUAACAGAGACUGAACCUGAACAUAGAGAUACCGUAUCAGAGGAAGGUCAACAUAAUGGCUGCCCAGGUAGGAAAGGAAAUACAUUAACUUCACAACUGGCAUCACUGUUACCUUACUUCACAACUGUCAUCACUCCCAGCUAGCACAUUUGGUUCCUUUGAAGUUGUGGCAACGUACCUUUUUGGUUUCCCAUUGGUUCUGGGAAUGAAGCCAUACGUUUCUUGACCGGUAAAACAGAAUGACUGACGGACGGAUAACAUUUAGCCUGUUCUGUGAAUGUUAAUAUUUAGGUUGCAGGGAGGUUCUGAUAAUGUUUGGCAACGCCAGGGUUGUGGGUUCGUUUCCCACGGGGGGCCAGUAUGAAAAUGUAUGCACUCACUAUCUGUAAGUGACUCUGGAUAAGAGCAUCUGUUAAAUGACUCAAAUGUAAAUGUAAAAUGUUUUAUUAUGGAUCCCUGAAAGUUUUAUUAACCUUCUGAGAACAGAAAUUAUAGGUUAUUUGAAGGUAAUUAAAUAACGUUAUGUAACAAUGUUUCAAAGAGACUUUUAAUAACACUGCUAGCUUAGUUUGUGUUUACUGUCAUUUGCUCAGGCAUUAAUCAUGCAAACACAGUUCUUUUUUUAUUGUAGCACGGCAUCAGUGAGAUUCAAACCUAUGAUCUUCUGUUCUCUAUCCAUGGAAUUAGUCCACUGCACCACCAGGAUGGAGCUAGCUUGCAAUUUUUUUUUUAACUCAUACAAAACUGUUCAUUUUUGACACCAUUUCAAAGGAAACAAGCACUCAUUAAGAUCAAGUGUGACCAAUUAGUAGGCACGGCCAACACACCUGUAUACACUUAAAGUAAAGAUUCACCCAUCUUGAAUGUUAUAUUGUUUUUGUGCAUCUUUGAGUGAUGUUCUAUUGAUUCCCUGGUUCAUUUAAUGUUUUCAUGUGCAGUGGGGAAAAAAAGUAUUUAGUCAGCCACCAAUUGUGCAAGUUCUCCCACUUAAAAAGAUGAGAGAGGCCUGUAAGUUUCAUCAUAUGUACACGUCAACUAUGACAGACAAAUUGAGAAUUUUUUUCUCCAGAAAAUCACAUUGUAGGAUUUUUAAUGAAUUUAUUUGCAAAUUAUGGUGGAAAAUAAGUAUUUGGUCACCUACAAACAAGCAAGAUUUCUGGCUCUCACAGACCUGUAACUUGUUCUUUAUGAGGCAUUAUCUGUCCUCCACUCAUUACCUGUAUUAAUGGCACCUGUUUGAACUUGUUAUCAGUAUAAAAGACACCUGUCCACAACCUCAAACAGUCACACUCCAAACUCCACUAUGGCCAAGACCAAAGAGCUGUCAAAGGACACCAGAAACAAAAUUGUAGACCUGCACCAGGCUGGGAAGACUGAAUCUGCAAUAGGUAAGCAGCUUGGUUUGAAGAAAUCAACUGUGGGAGCAAUUAUUAGGAAAUGGAAGACAUACAAGACCACUGAUAACCUCCCUCGAUCUGGGGCUCCACGCAAGAUCUCACCCCGUGGGGUCAAAAUGAUCACAAGAACGGUGAGCAAAAAUCCCAGAACCACACGGGGGGACCUAGUGAAUGACCUGCAGAGAGCUGGGACCAAAGUAACAAAGCCUACCAUCAGUAACACACUACGCCGCCAGGGACUCAAAUCCUGCAGUGCGGGACGUGUCCCCCUGCUUAAGCCAGUACAUGUCCAGGCCUGUCUGAAGUUUGCUAGAGUGCAUUUGGAUGAUCCAGAAGAGGAUUGGGAGAAUGUCAUAUGGCCAGAUGAAACCAAAAUAUAACUUUUUGGUAAAAACUCAACUCGUUGUGAUGGAGGGCAAAGAAUGCUGAGUUGCAUCCAAAGAACACCAUACCUACUGUGAAGCAUGGGGGUGGAAACAUCAUGCUUUGGGGCUGUUUUUCUGCAAAGGGACCAGGACGACUGAUCCGUGUAAAGGAAAGAAUGAAUGGGGCCAUGUAUCGUGAGAUUUUGAGUGAAAACCUCCUUCCAUCAGCAAGGGCAUUGAAGAUGAAACCUGGCUGGGUCUUUCAGCAUGACAAUGAUCCCAAACACACCACCCGGGCAACGAAGGAGUGGCUUCGUAAGAAGCAUUUCAAGGUCCUGGAGUGGCCUAGCCAGUCUCCAGAUCACAACCCCAUAGAAAAUCUUUGGAGGGAGUUGAAAGUCCGUGUUGCCCAGCGACAGCCCCAAAACAUCACUGCUCUAGAGGAGAUCUGCAUGGAGGAAUGGGCCAAAAUACCAGCAACAGUGUGUGAAAACCUUGUGAAGACUUACAGAAAACGUUUGACCUGUGUCAUUGCCAACAAAGGGUAUAUAACAAAGUAUUGAGAAACUUUUGUUUUUGACCAAAUACUUAUUUUCCACCAUAAUUUGCAAAUAAAUGCAUAAAAAAUCCUACAAUGUGAUUUUCUGGAUUUUUUUUCUCAUUUUGUCUGUCAUAGUUGACGUGUACCUAUGAUGAAAAUUAUAGGCCUCUCUCAUCUUUUUAAGUGGGAGAACUUGCACAAUUGGUGGCUGACUAAAUACUUUUUUCCCCCACUGUAUAUCUGAGCUAUUGCCGUUCAAGCAGGCAGAAAUUUGGCUGGUAUGACGUAGCAUUGCGAUAAAGCCGCUCUCACUACACUGGAAGUUAAUAGGAAUACAACUUUUAGAUCGCGAAAACAUCUAUCCUACACGUCAGAUUUCAAUACUGGCCUUCUCACGAAUUAGCCAUUGAUAAUGUUUUUGCAAUAUUCCUACUUCGAGAAAUGUCUAAUUUAACAGAGGGUCUAACACGUUUCUCCUAUUUGUCUGCCUCUUCAGUCCAGGGUGCAUUGCAUGGUGCUGUUGCGAAUGUCACACUCUGUGAGGCACAUCGAUCUGCAGGUUGAGCAUGGUGAAAUUGUAGACUGCUAAAUUUAUAGUGCAGUUUGUUUAGGCGAUUUUACAGCUAACUAGCUACUUCACAUGCUGAAAUUGACUAUGGCAUUAAUGUGUGUAGCAAUGUUUGCUAGCUAGCCGUCCAGCCCAUAUAGAGAGCAUUGCAUUGUGGGUUUUGUAGUCAACUUGAGCUGCAACAGAUUUCCACAACAAUUUUCACGUUGCUACCAACCUUAUUAUAACGAAAAAAUGAAACAUUUGUUCAAAAAACAUAUUGUUUUCACCUAUAUCGCCCCACAGUGGUCAUGGCAGGCAGCACACACAACCAGCUGUUCCUGUGUAUUUGCAGGGAGAAACAAUUUCACCAUGCUCAACCUGCAGAUCGAUAUGCCUCACAGAGUGAAACGUUAUGCUGAAGUACUGAAAUUCCCACCUAAGAAACAUAUGGUUCUCAGAACGUUAUGUGCUGGCAGGGUAUCCUGCAACAUUCCCAGACUUUUUUUGGAAGGUUAUAUGCAAAAUAACCAAUGGACAACCACGCUCUCACCAAGCUCUAAGAAACAUAUGGUUCUCAGAACGUUAUGUGCUAGCUGGGCUGUUACCAUUACUUUACAACUGUCAUCACUGUUACCGUUAUCAUGAUAAACGAAAUCCAGCUUUGAAUGGCAGUUGGAUCAAUUUAUUAGAGGAAUGACUGGCUGUUGGAUUAAAUUGUUAAGAGCACAGUUUAUUCAAGACAGCCCAAAUCAUGCUGCGAUGUCACAAUGAUCUCCUCAGCUGGAGAGGGUUGUUGUGAAAACCGACACAGGCACAGUUACUUCCUCUCCAUCUACACACACCAAUACAUACACUUAGCAUAAUACACACUCACACCCAGAGACACAUUGGUAACAAACACUGCACACUCACAUACACACAAACACACCUCUUCAGUUUCACACAAAAGACGUUAUGUGUGAGAUGAUUAAUCAGAGCAAAAAUAGGCUGCUCACAUUUGUAGGUGGAGGAUGCCUGUGAUGCAGAAUCUAACAAUAUAACAAGGUUAACAUUUAACUGCUUGCCAACAAACAAAUGUAAAAGUGCCUUUUAACAAAAGAAAGCUUCAGCCUUGAGAGAAUUCCACCUCUUAAAAUCUCUGCGCACACACACUGCCUGAUUCUCUCUCUCUCUCUCUCUUCCUGAUCUGCCUGUUUCCUGGUCCAGGAUUGAGAGCUGCUGAGUGUUUGGGUAAGGGGGCCAUGGAGAGUGCCGAGCAUCCAGGGGGGGUCAGCGAUGAAAGCCCCUCUGAAGCUGACUCUCUGUGGGGGACUGACGAGCCACUGAGGGUGGGCCACCUAGGCCAGAGGAGCCCUGACUGCACCGAGGACAUGGAGGACACAGAAUCUCUGGUGUCUGAGCGUCUCCUCUCCCCCUGCUCCGGAGCAGAGGAGUCUAGCCACAGCCUCAGCCCAGCCUGGGGCCUGGCCUUCUAUGGAGAAGACUGUUUUAGUCAUGAUGUGGUGGAAUAUGCUAUAACCCUGGGACAGCACAGUGAGUCACCGUGCCUGGAGCUGAAAACACAGGUGGGUAACCUGGGAGGAAAAUCUUGA